AUAUGCAUUUUCACGAGGGCUGACGUGUAAUUCCACCGUUGUAAUUGAAUAAUUCAAUCUCCUUUUUUAAUUCUUAGCUGAAUUUGAGGGAAUAAUUCAAUCUCCUUUUUAAUUCUUAGCUGAAUUUGAGGUGAAUAUGAUUCACUAAUUCUCCGAAUUUAAGGCUACUUUUUCUCUCUAUAAAUGUAGUAUGUAUAUCACUGGAUAAACGUGCGUUUACCUUUUGCUUUAAAUCAAAUUGGGAAAUUUGUUUGGCAAGAAACCAUUCUUGGCUUUCACGGGACUGUUUGGGAUUAUAUUGAAUUGUCUCAUUCUCUGAUCGGUUGCUAUAAAUAGGUGAGUGGGUGUGUUCUUCUACUUAGAAAGAAGAGGGUUUUUCUGUGUGUACUUAUUGGUUGAGUGAGUGUGAGAUCAAAAUGUGGGGUUUUGAGUCUGUUGAUCUUUAUUCUUGUUGAAUUGAUUUGAACACAAAUGGGGGGUUUUUAAUUUCUUAAUUUCUGAAUUUGAUAAAAAUAUGAAGUCUUUCAUGUUUUUCAUUGUUAUUGUUAUUGUGUUUAUGUUAUGUGGGUGUGUUUUGGGCAAGGAGUGUACUAACAUCCCUACUGAAUUAUCGUCGCAUACUCUUCGAUACGAGCUAUUGUCUUCAAAUAAUGAGACAUGGAAAGAAGAGAUGUUUUCACACUACCAUUUGAUUCCCACUGAUGACUCUGCGUGGGUGAAUUUGCUUCCGAGAAAGAUUUUGAGGGAGGAAGAUGAAUUCAGUUGGGUUAUGAUGUAUAGAAAUAUGAAAAAUUUGGGUGGGAUUAAUGUGCAAGGGGAUUUCCUCAAGGAGGUCUCUCUUCACGACGUGAGAUUGGAUCCAGAGUCCAAGCACGGGGAGGCUCAGCAGACAAAUUUGGAAUACUUGUUGAUGCUGGAUGUUGAUAGCUUGGUUUGGAGCUUUAGAAAGACAGCUGGUUUGCCAACCCCUGGCAAGGGGUAUGGAGGUUGGGAGGACCCAACUUGUGAACUUCGGGGUCAUUUUGUAGGGCAUUAUUUGAGUGCCUCAGCACAGAUGUGGGCUAGCACUCACAAUGACAGUCUCAAAGAGAAAAUGUCUGCAGUUGUUUCUGCGUUAUCUGCCUCUCAAGAUAAAAUGGGUACAGGAUAUCUUUCUGCUUUCCCUUCUGAACAAUUUGACCGUUUCGAAGCUAUAAAACCUGUUUGGGCACCAUAUUACACCAUUCACAAGAUAAUGGCAGGUCUUUUGGAUCAAUACAUAUUGGCCGAAAAUGUUCAAGCUUUAAAGAUGUUGACAUGGAUGGUUGACUACUUUUACAACCGUGUGCUGAACGUGAUAACAAAGUACAGUGUUGAAAGGCACUAUUUAUCAUUAAAUGAAGAAACUGGUGGCAUGAAUGAUGUCCUUUAUAAGUUUUAUGCAGUAACGGGAGAUUGGAGGCAUUUAUUGUUGGCUCACCUUUUUGAUAAACCCUGCUUUCUAGGAUUGCUCGCGGUAAAGUGUCAAAGAAUAUAUAUUUUCCUUUUGAGAGACAAGACUAUUCCAUAUGGUGAACUGUUUUUUUCCCGUACCAAAAAGGCUGAUGAUAUUUCUGGGUUUCAUGCCAAUACUCAUAUUCCAGUUGUUAUUGGAUCUCAAAUGCGAUAUGAAGUUACUGGUGAUUCACUUUAUAAGGAAAUAGGAACUUUCUUCAUGGAUAUUGUCAAUUCUUCUCACAGCUAUGCAACAGGAGGCACUUCAGUCAGUGAGUUUUGGUCCGACCCAAGGCGACUAGCAAACACUUUAGUAACUGAGAAUGAAGAAUCCUGUACAACUUAUAAUAUGCUAAAGGUCUCCCGCAACUUGUUUAGAUGGACCAAAGAAAUGGCAUAUGCAGAUUAUUACGAGAGGGCCCUGACGAAUGGUGUGCUGGGCAUCCAAAGAGGAAAGGAGCCUGGAGUGAUGAUCUACAUGCUUCCACUAGGCCGUGGAAAUUCCAAGGCCAUAAGCUACCAUGGAUGGGGAACACAGUUCAAUUCUUUUUGGUGCUGCUAUGGGACAGGAAUUGAGUCUUUCUCAAAACUGGGAGAUUCAAUAUACUUCGAAGAAGCGGGCGAAGUUGCAGGGCUUUACAUCAUCCAGUACAUAUCAAGCUCACUUAAUUGGAAAUCUGGACAGAUUUCGCUAAAUCAGAAAGUAGAGCCUGUUGUUGCAUCGAAUAAUCUCCUUCAAGUGACAUUGACAAUUUCAUCAUCAGAGGGAGGGGCAGGUCUGACAUCCACCUUGCAUUUGCGUGUACCGUUCUGGACAUACUCAAAUGGUGCAAAGGCAGUAUUAAACGGUCAGGAUUUGUCACUUCCAACUCCAGGUAACUUCUUAUCAGUCACUAGAAAAUGGGGCCCUGGUGACAAAAUAACUCUUGAACUGCCGAUAGGUCUACGGACCGAAGUCAUUAAAGAUGACCGGCCAAAGUACUCUUCGAUUCACGCAAUUCUUUAUGGGCCCUACCUACUUGCCGGUCUGACAAGCGGAGACUGGGACAUCAAAACAGAGUCAACUGCUUCCCUCUCAGACUUUAUUACUCCAAUUCCAGCAGUUUACAAUUCUCAUCUGAUUUCUCUCUCCCAAGAAUCUGGAAACUCAACAUUCGUCCUCACAAACUCGAACCGGUCAAUCACAAUUGAGAAGUUUCCUAAACCCGGUACUGAUUCUUCCAUCCGAUCCACAUUUAGACUCAUCCUAAAAGACGCAAAUUCCACUGAAGAAUUUUCAAAUCCAAAAGAUGCUAUUGGGAAAUUUGUCAUGCUCGAACCGUUCGAUUUUCCCGGUAUGCUCUUGACGCAUCAAGGAAUAGAUGAAACCCUUGGAGUUGCAGAUUCUGCUGACAGCGGCUCGGUUUUCCGUUUGGUUGCUGGAUUGGACGGGAAGGUGGAGACGGUUUCGUUAGAGUCAGAAAGCCAGGAGGGUUGCUUUGUGUAUAGCGACGUGGACUAUAAAUCAGGUACAAGCAUCAAGCUGAGCUGCAUAUCUGGAUCAUCUGAUAAUGGAUUUGAAGGGGCAGCUAGCUUUAUAAUGAAAGAUGGGAUUAGCAAGUAUCAUCCGAUCAGUUUUGUGGGAAAAGGGGUGAGAAGGAAUUUUAUUCUACAUCCAUUACAUAGCUUGUGGGAUGAAUCUUAUACUGUGUAUUUUAACUUCAUUUAAUCUUGAAAACUAUUGAAGGUGAGUAGUAAGGGAGAAGUAGAGUAGAGCAAUUGUGGAACAAUAAUUUCUUCUUUCAUUUUGCUGCUAUUUAAUAAUUUUAUUUUACAUUUUACUUCUGCA